AUGGAAAAUAAAUGCUUCAAAAUUCUACUGCUUCUAUUGUUAGAAGUAGUUUUGUCGUCAUGUGGAGAGAAUUUUACCGAUAUACCGUAUACAAGCGAAGAUCAAAGCCACUCAAAGAUCCUUUCAAGAAGAAAGCGAUAUCUCAUAUUUCCUGAUGGCAGUUCGUUCCAGUUAGUUUUUUGCGCUCAGAAUCAUGGAUAUUUGCAAGUCGGUGAUGUCGUGUGGUUUGGUAAUACAGCCGCUCUAGCCUGGGAAUUACCGACGGAUCCAAAAUUAUUUAAUAUCUUCAAAAAAUACGAGAAAUUACAUACAGCACAGAACAGAGACGGCGUUUCAAAGCUAAUUUAUUAUCUGGAUGAGACAGGAAAAGUUAUAACAAAAAAGCCGUACAGAAAGAGACUAAUAGUUAAUCCAGCAUUCGCUAAACGAAGUUUGGAUGGUUUAGAUAAUCCUCUAUCCAUUCAGAAAUUACAUGAGGAGCAAAAAAGUAUUAAGCCGUUCGAAGGCGCUGAUACAUCAACUAUCGACUUUCAUAGAGAAGGGAGGAAAAGUUUAUAUACGCAACUUGAAAAGUUUUUACAGGCACUUGGUUGGAGUGGUCGAGAGUGUAUACUCCGCCUGCUAUGCGAAGCUGGACGUAGCAGUGGAAAGCAGGGCACGUUUAUUGAAGAAAUCUUGAGAGUGACUUUUACUCUACCCGAGGGGAGUAAAUAUAGUAGCGAGGAAUUAAGCCAAUACGAUUCGGCUCAUAGAAGCAAAGGCAGUUGUGAUAAUUUAUACAAGCAAUGCCACAAAACCAAAUAA